CAUUAUUAUGCAAGAACAGUUUCUUUAGAUUGUGAGAUAAAAAGCAAGAAAAUUUGUAACUUAAGAUUUGAGGGAAAAAAAAGGUUUUUUCUUCUUUUAUUACUGUUUUUUUUGUUAUGGAAAAUCAUUACUCUUCUUCUUCUUCAUGUCGGCCUGCAACUUUGCCUUGUGCAGAACCAAAUUAUAGCAGUGAAUCUCUUUUACUUCCAUGGCCACUACCAUAUGAUCAUAAUGCUUCUGAUAGUACCACCUUUCAAGUUAAUAAUGGAUUUCCUUCUUCAUGGUCUACACCAAUUCAAGAAACUGGACAUGAAUUUUCUUCUUGGUCUAAUUCUAUACAAAUCCAUGAAACUGCAGAAGAAAAAGCUGCUUCUGUUUCCAAAAGUCAUAGCCAAGCUGAAAAAAGGCGCAGAGACCGGAUUAAUGCACAGCUUAGUAUUCUCAGGAAACUCAUUCCUAAAUCUGAUAAGAUGGACAAAGCAGCUUUACUAGGAAGUGUGAUUGAUCAUGUUAAGGAUUUAAAGGGAAAAGCAACUGAAGUAAGCAAAAAUAUUACAAUUCCAACAGAAUUUGAUGAAGUAACUGUAGACAUUGAUGAAUCUGCAGAUGGUAAUAGUAAGGACAAGAACAUAUUCAUUAGAGCUUCUGUUUGUUGCGAGGAUCGGCCAGAAGUUUUCUCCGAGCUGAUUCGGGUGCUUAAAGGCCUUAAACUCAGCAUAGUUAGAGCUGAUAUUGCAAGUGUAGGUGGAAGAGUUAAAAACAUGUUACUACUUUGCAAUAAAGAUUAUAAAGAAGGUAAAGUCGUUUCAGUUAGUACUAUCAAACAAGCACUCAAUGUCUUUUUGAGUAGAAUUUCUUCAUCUUCAAUGCCUUCAAAUUAUCGUAUUAGAAGCAAGAGGCAAAGGUUCUUUUUGCCUUCUCAUAAUUAACAUCGCCAAGCUUCUAUAUAGUGUAGUUAUGCUUCUUUUAUUUGUAUAUGAUAGAUUUUUUUUUUUUUU